CUCAUACAUUAUUCCUGUCACGGUUGACCAAGUCGUUGGUCGCGUGGGGUGAUCCUCAGGGGUCUUUUAAUCCCUUAUCUUAUCUUAUCAGUGGUGAGGGCUAACCCUCCACUUCUCCUCACAAUUCGGUGGUUAAUCCCCGAAGAAGUUUAGCGUUUUGCCACAAGCGAAAGCCGCCAUCUUUGAAUUCCAUUCCGACAAAGUACAGAGACGAGGUCGAGAGAAUUCACGACAACCAUCGACAACCAACGGAACCCAUCAGGAAAGACAAGAUGGUUAACCUUCGUACCCAGAAGCGCCUCGCGGCGGCCGUUGUGGGAUGCGGACAGCGCAAGAUCUGGCUCGACCCGAAUGAGGUCUCCGAGAUCUCCAACGCCAACUCCCGUCAGACCAUCCGCAAGCUCGUCGCUGAUGGCCUCAUCAUCCGCAAGCCAGUCACCAUGCACUCGAGGGCACGCGCUAGAGACCACACCGAUGCGAAGAGACUCGGUAGACACAAGGGUUUCGGUAAGCGUAAGGGUACCGCAGAUGCUCGUAUGCCAAGCCAAGUCGUUUGGAUGCGCAGACUCCGCGUUCUCCGCCGCCUCCUCGUCAAGUACCGUGCCAGCGGCAAGAUUGACAAGCACCUUUACCACGAGCUUUACCACCUGAGCAAGGGUAACACCUUCAAGCACAAGCGCGCUCUGGUUGAGCACAUCCACAAGGCCAAGGCUGAGGCCGCCCGUGAGAGGACUAUCAAGGAGGAGAUGGACGGCCGUCGUGCCAAGACCAGGGCUGCUCGCGAGCGCAAGCAAGAGAGAGUUGUCGCCAAGCGUGCUGCCAUGUUCGGUGAUGAGGAGGAGACCGAGACCAAAUAAGCAUUGCAACUUUUUACGGGGUAGCUGGAGCGGGGCAAUGGUCUUACAAAUAAAAGGCUCGGUUGCUUUUCGUUAUCAGGGCUUUCUGCAUGUACUGCAUGGACAAUGGUGUCAUGAACUCUUUCAAAGCGUGAAAGCCUUCUUCUGUUCGUGGUGACAACAGGAGAUACUGAUCUCCCUCGUGUGGCCGACCCCCGUCCAAUGCCCAUGGAUACUGUGUUUCUGUCUACUGACCGUGAAGGACCAAAGCAACUCUUUUCAGGUGAGCGCCACGUCAAGCUUUCGCCGUGACCAACUUCUCUCGUUUGACAGCGAGUUUUCUUCGCAUCUACAACAUUCCAACCAUUGCACCCAUCAGCCACAUUGUCAGCCAUGAUCAAACGCAACUUCCAAGAAGUUGUUCCUCAGUACCUAUUUCUACUUUGUCUUCAUUUUUCUUUACAAUCUGUUCCACAGUCCACAACUGUGUUCCCCAAAUCAGGCAUUAGUGUGUACAGCAUUUCGAGCUCUCAAUGCUCCUCUGCUGAAGGAUAACUAUCUUUCGUGCCAAGAUCUACCACCAAACCCUUUCCUUACCAAACACCUGCUCCCUAUUUCUCUCUGGGAAACUGGUGCAUGAAGAAGGGGUUACAUUUUACCUACUAUGCUGUCUAUUAUAGACGUGUAAUAGUUUUGCGGGCUUUUGGGGGUAUUCUACUUGUAGAGUCAUUCCACUUCACUGUGGCGACAACUACAAGUCUGAGAGACAGAAAGUCUUUUGAAGAGGGUCUUCUCUCUACGACUUGGACAUUGUUCUUGGGGCUAUAGCUAGACAAGUGUAUAUAAAUGAAG